CAUUUGAAGUUAAACUCUCAUCCCUUUUUACUCUUUCCACCACCAUCUAAUGCAUUCAAAACAAAAAGUACCUAAUAUCUCCCUGUAUCUACCUAGUACUUAAAACUAAAUAUUAUACACCUCAUCCUAUAUCCUAAUUCCUAAUUCCUAAACUAUAAUUCCAUAAAUACCAAAAUAACGGUACCCCAAAACGUCGUGGUUUCCACCCAUUCCACCUCCCUCCCUCCUCCCCCACUUCGAUCGAUUCAUAAUUUCUAAACCUUUCAAAAGUAUUUCGAGGGAAUGGAUAUAAAGGAAAGGGUGAAGGAAAAAAACUAUACCACCAAUGUGAAGAAGUACAAAGUAAUCCUUUGUAUUACAACCCUUCCAACCUCGAGUCAUACAUCUUCUGAAGCAACGUCGAAAGAAAAAGAAAAAAAGAUACUCGUUCGAAAUGAUGUUAUCUCCUGAACAUGAAGAAGAGCUUAGGAAGCUGAAAGAGCUUCAAGCCUUAUAUGCAGAACAUGCCGCCAUUAAAGAUCAACAAGUUCAACAAAAUGGAAGUCCAAGGCCAGAUAGUCGAGAUUCGGCUUCUUCCGAUCCUAUGAUUUAUCCCGGCUUGUAUUCUCCAAGUGGUUUCGAUGUACUACAAAUUUUGUUUCAAAUUCAACGUCGUCCAAAUCCCACAUAUCCCCUGGGAAAUAUCGAUAGUGGUGUAGCUCUCGUCCUGUGCGAUUCCGCUCGUCCUCACUGUCCAAUCGUCUACUGCAGUGAACCUUUUCAACGCCUCACAGGCUACUCCCAAACCGAAAUCAUUGGCAAGAAUUGCAGAUUCUUACAACAACCUUUCAAUCCACACACCUUUGAUUACCUCGGCAAUGCACCAACAAUGAAGGGGAUACAAAAUCCAAAGAAUGAUCCUAACGCCAUGGCAAAAUCAAGCAUUCGAACCGCUCUCGAAUGUGGCUUGGAAUCACAGGUUACGUUGGUCAAUUAUCGAAAGAAUGGAGAACGAUUCUUGAAUGUCUUGACGACCGUACCGCUUAAAUGGACGACCAUGGAAGGAGAGGAAAAGAAUUAUAUUGUCGGAUUCCAAGCGCAAGCUCCACCAAUGUUUAGACAAACUUCGGCUUGAGUUUUGUGAGGGUCGAUUUAAAUGGGUCUCCUCCUUGUGAUGAUUCAAUGAUCUUCUCGGAUAUGAUUCACGUGUUGAUUAAUCAAUGGUGGUGUAGAGUUAUGCUUUUUUCUUCUUUGCUUUUUAUGAUUAUACGGAAUUGGAUGAUACCCCUCAAAUUUCCUAGAUGGGAUUUGAGCAUUAUUAGAUGGUCAUUCAGCGAUCGGUACAUGGAGUAUGGGAAUUGCUAGGUUUGGCAGAUAUAUACAUAUGGGAUGGGAUGGGAUGGGAUGGGAUAGCAUGGUGUUGGUGGUUUGUUUGUGAGAGGU